AGAAAGGAGGGCAGAUCAACUGCUGCUCCCUGCAGGAAUGCGCCGCUGUUCGCCAAGGAGAAAGUUAUGGCUUUAAUAUGGCAGACAAAGGUCCUUUUUUAACUUCGUGCAUCAUUUUCUACCUCUCGAUCGGAGCCGCGAUCUUUCAGAUCCUCGAAGAGCCAAACUGGGAAGCGGCCAGAGACAGAUUUAUCCAGCAGAAGGAAAACCUGCUGAGGACUAACCGGGUCACAAAGGAAACCUUAGAGGAGAUACUGAAGAUAGCGUCUGAGGCUGCAGGCCAAGGUGUGGCAAUCACUGGAAACAACCGCCACAACACAUGGGACUGGGGCAAUUCUGUCAUCUUUGCUGCCACCAUCGUCACCACUAUAGGUUAUGGUAAUGUUGCUCCCAAGACAGAAGGUGGUCGCGUGUUCUGCAUCCUGUAUGGCUUGUGCGGGAUCCCUCUCUGCCUGGUGUGGAUAAGUACACUGGGCUCCUUCUUUGGAGACCGAGCCAAACGGCUGUCUGGGAUUCUCAUAAAAAAGGGUGUUUCAGUGAAAAAAGUCCAGCUGACAUGUACGGCCAUAUUCCUCCUAUGGGGUUUGCUGGUGCAUUUGGUUAUCCCUCCAAUUGUUUUCAUGUUUAUGGAAGAAUGGAGCUAUCUGGAAGGGAUCUAUUUCUCUUUCAUCACACUCACAACCGUUGGUUUUGGAGAUUAUGUGGCAGGUGUAAAUCCUGAUAUCGAGUAUCCCAAACUCUACAGAGUCUUAGCAGAGGUAUGGAUGUACAUGGGACUGGCAUGGCUGUCCUUGUUCUUCAGCUGGAAUGUCCACAUGGUUGUGGAAGCUCAUAAAGUGUUCAAGAAGAAACGGAUGCACAGGAACAGGAACAGAAUUUUGUACGAGCAGGAACCAGACUCUGAAGAGGAGAAGCAACGUCAAGAAGUGAAGCGGACUGUUGUCGACAUCUUCGACUUUCUCUCAGAGAAGGACGAGGACUACAGCACAGUGAUCAAAGAGAUUGGAAUCAAAGAAAAGAGGAAAAAAAUCCCGGAAAACAUAAUCAUAAACCGCUCCAAGAGUUGCAGUGACAUCUUGGGCAAUAGCAUUCGGACCUUGGAGCACUCGCCGCGGCACAAGCGGCACAUCAGUUUAAGUGAUGUGUUUGCGAAUGCCAUGGUGGACCAAAAAGAACAGGAGGAAGAGAACCUUACAAGGCAGGGAAAUAUCAAAGAGCCCACAUCAGAAGUAUGGGAGAAAAUAAACCACAAGGAGGACAACAAAGAUGGUUCCUCUGAGUCUGUAAAUGAUGGGAUCACCUUCACGGCACCUGACAGAAAUGUUGCAGAAGAGGAGAAUGUGCAGCAUCCUGAGGGUGGGGAGACCCGAUUUACAAUAUCUAAGGUAGCAGAAAUCGAUCUGGAAUUAGAACUUGAUGAAAAAGGAUGAAAGAUUCUUAAAAAAAACAAGACAUUUUUAGUCUUAUUUGUCUUUGUCGUCACAAACCCAUCAUGAAAUCAGCAUCACUAGUUUCUCAACAUUUAUUAAUCACCUUCAUAAUUAGGCCCGAGUAGCGAAGCGCUGCGAGAGCCUAUUGUAUCUGUUAGGUUUCUUAUUAUUAUUUUAACUUGUCCUUUAAUUUUGCUUGGUCCUGGUGUGGGGAAAUAUUUGAGACUUUUUUCCAACUUUGUUCACUUCGUGGCCCAAUUAAGUCUUUGUUAAAGUAGACAUGUUUUUUUUUUAUUUGGUUUACUUUGGUAGAUCUCAGGACAGUAAAUUCCCACAGAAUAAAGAUAGCUGAUUUUGUUCUAACCUUACAAUUAUUUUAACUGUAACGACAAAUGAAAUCUGUUAUAUAAGCACAACUCAGAUAUAAUCAGUUGUUUUUUAUAAUUGAAAACAUUUUUUUUUUUUUUUUUUACAAAAUAACAGUUUAGGCCCUGAUAUAACCAAAAUGUUUCAAAUUCCUGUCAGUAAAUACUAUUGGAAACAAUGUAAAAGAUUCCUGGGUCUGUCUGUAUCGGUAGAACAUUUUUGGAGUGUGCUACAGGGCAGUUUGGCCUUAAUUAAAUCAGCUUUUUAACAAAUAAUACUCUCACGACUUGACAAAUAGCGACAGUGUAAACCUACACUACAUGAAGAUUGCUAUAAAGCACAGCAUGUGAACAUUUCAUUUGUGGAAAAAAAAAAUUUCAAACAAUAGCAGUGUUACAGUAAGACUUGUAUUUUAACCAGUCUCAGCUAUAGAACCACAGGUCCAGGUAAACCUGGAUCCAAACUCCAGAAAAUUGUAGUUUAUAAUUUUAUGAGUGAGAAUUAAGUCAGUAAGAAACAAAUACUGAUACAGAAAAACACUGAAACAAAGAUGAAGCCUAAUGAUCACUGCCCAAAUGCAUUUUCCUAUUACUGAAGCAUAAUUAGAUUGCUGUUUUUUUUUUUGGUUUUGUUUUUUGCAUGGAA